AACUUAUACAGGUCAACCAAUGGCAAGCCAUGGUAUAUCGCGCGGCUCGGGGCCCCUCGUACGCUCGGAGGAGGCGCGACAGAAGGAGCUCCAGCAAAUCGACGAGUACAAGAACUUGGCAGAUUUGGUGAACACCAAGAUCGCGGAAAAGCACUACACUAUCGAGGUCCUUGGACUGGUCACGAAGCUUCUGAACGAGAACCCCGAGUACUACACAAUAUGGAACCACCGAAGACGUGUAUUAGCAUCCCUGGUUUCAGCAGAGACUUUGGAGCAAACGCCCGACGAGCUCCUACAGGGCGAUUUGCAGCUCACCUUUGCGCUAUUGCGCAAGUUCCCCAAGUGCUACUGGAUAUGGAACCACAGAAACUGGCUACUUCGCGAAGGAGAGGCUUUGAUGGGUGCUGAGGCGGCACAUAAGCUGUGGUCAGGCGAGCUACAGUUGAUAAACAAGAUGCUUCAUGCGGACAGUCGGAACUUCCACGCGUGGGGUUACCGGCGAUUCGUGGUCUCGCAGCUCGAGCGCUUCACACCCACGGUCGCUGAAUCUGCAGCCCACGGCACAUCCAAGGGACUCGCAGAAUCCGAAUUUGAAUACACAACCAGGAUGAUCAAGACCAACCUCUCCAACUUCUCCGCCUGGCACAACCGAAGCCAGCUUAUUCCCCAGAUCCUCCGUGAGCGCAACGCAGACCCGAAAGAGCGCCGCUCUUUCCUCGACUCCGAGCUAUCCCUCAUUUGUGAAGCCAUAAACACCGACCCCUUCGACCAAUCCAUCUGGUUCUAUCACCAAUAUCUGCUCUCCAUUUUAUCUGCAUCAUGUCCAACACACCAACUCAUAGUUCAAGAUCUGACCAACGGCGAGCGGCAGAAAUACUACGAACAUGAGAUGGAGUAUAUUAGGGAGAUAUUGGAGGACGAGGCGGACUGCAAGUGGAUAUACGAGGCGCUGCUCGGGCUUGCGGAGGCAUCUCUGGAAGUCGAUGCAGGGACCGGCUCGUUUACGACGAAAGAUAUGAGGGCAUGGUUGAAUGAGUUGAAGCGUCUGGAUCCUUUGCGACGCGGGAGGUGGGAUGAUCUAGAGAGGAGGCUGAGUCUUUGAUAGCAAACAAGUCAUGCAACACCAUCAUGGCUUUCCUUUCACUUCUUCAAUGUUGUUCUUCGCCGGCGCAGGUCCAAUUUUCGCAUCCUUGUUCCAAGCCCAAAGUCCAAGUCGUGACGACCAUGAGGAUGCAGAUGUGUCCGAUGCUCUAACGUCCUCUUUUCUUGCGGCUAGCUGUUCGGGCGCGGGUGCGGGCACGGCGCUCGAAGCCAUAGGUGAAGGACCGGCACUGUUUAACGAAGAUACAGUAAUGGCUUCUUUAGGAGAAGUAGCGGCAAUUUCCUGUUUGUAUUCUUCUUCCAACUUCUUCCUCCUUUGUUCCUUGAACUCCCCAUCAAAAGUAGCAACACCAAUGGAAACCCCCGCAA